AUGUGCAAAUUAUACAAUUGUCUUAAAUAUCUAUCUCUCAAGACCGCGACUUCACUUUUACAAUUACUCAUUAUCAGUAUAGUUAUGGGACUUUGCUCAAUUGUUCUUGUCGUAAAUCGCAUUAUGAUGGAUGCAUUAAUCUCUGAAAUUUCGGAUAAAUUGCUGUUUAAAUAAAACUUUUAAUAGUAUGAGCUCUAAACAGAAAUGUUAAAAUAUUAAGUAAAUUUGCCCAUGAUUCAAAGAUUUUAAAUGAUGAACAGCUUCGGCAAAAUAUACCAAAAUUUUAUGCCCUAGGUACAAAUUUAAAACUUUAAUUAUCCUAUGGAAUGUCCUUUAUAUGAAGGUCAACAUCACGAAUAAUAUAGAACACUAUUUUCUCUGCCUGAAUUUUGCAUUUCAUAUCACAAUUAAACCAAAAAUAUUGAUAAUGGACAAAUUAAUCCUUUCUUGAACAUUCUCAAUUAACUCAUUAUCCCCUUUACAUUUGCUCCUAUAACAGAACUUUAUAUGACAAACACAGAUGAGAAUUAUUUUUUUGCCUCUAAUCCCCCCAUUUUUAACUACCCAUCAUACAACCCCUAAGUUAGACCUUGGUACUUAAAUCAUUUGGAAAAAUCUCAAACGUCAAAUAGCUAAGGUUUUGUCUCCUAUGUCUAUAAAUCUUAUGGCAAUGAGCAAUACAGUUUCACAAUUACAUAUUCUUUAUUUGAAAGCAAUCCAUCAAAAAAAAAUAAGAGAGGAAAUUUAUAGGCAAUUAUGGGUUAGGAUUUGAGUUUCUAGGAAUAUUCAGACCAUCUUUAUUUCAAGUAAUUUACUUUUUUAAUAACAAACCUACUUGGCUAAAUUAUAUGUACAAAUUCCAUUGAAGAUAUAAGACUUGAUUAAGGAAUAAUUUAUGUAUAUCAGUAAAACCUAACUGGUUUCACAACAUAGGAUUGGUAAUAGAUUUAAUUGUAUGCCUCAUAAUAAUCAUACACUAAUAAUUGUACAUUAUAAAUUAAACAUCUAUGUAGAUUUAAUACAAAAUACAAAGAGGAUAUUAUAUUACAUGUAUUGAAUCUAAAAUCCGAUUUUUAUCUGAUCAUGUAUUAACCUUAUAUUUAUAAUAGAUUUUAAAAUGUAACAAUUCAGAGGGAAAAUAUAGAAAUGGCUGAAAAUACAAAAUUAGAAGUCAUAAAAGCAUUUGCAAGAAAUAUCUCUUAUUUGUUAGGGGCAUCUUUAUCCCUUCUAUUAUGUAGUUGGAUAGGAUUGUACCUGUUUUUUAGGCCAAUUAAAUAGAUGAGAGAAAAAAUGGAAAUUUUAAUUCGUAAUAAAUUCUCCAGUCAUAACUGGAUGUAAAAAAUAUAAAACGAAUUUGAUGAUAAGAAUACUAAUUAUCUUAAAUAAGCUUUAAAGAAUUUGAAAACAAAAAUUACAAAUAUUAAAAGGAAGAAAUGCUAAAACUGCUAUUUAAUAGAGAAUUUUAAAUAUCCUAGAAAGAUUUUAACAGUUGAGUUUUACGACAUUAAAAAUCUAAUUAAAAAACUCCCCUAAGAUUAGGUAGUAGAAGAUUAAGUACGCUAAACUGAAAUUAAAAUUGAUAACAUCGAUUCUCCAGAACAUAAAAAUAUCAUCCCCUAAAUUAUUACAAACAAGUUGUAUUCUUAAACUUUGAAUAGUGAAAUAGACGAAAAUGUUUAAUUACUCAAUAGUAUGGAUAGAGUAUUCUGA